ACCCAUAACAAAUACUUCAACACUCCAAACCAUACCACUAAUUCUCUAACCCUUUCAAUGGCAUCCCCAAUAAAAACAAUUGUGAUCCUUGUUCAAGAAAACCGAUCAUUUGAUCACAUGUUAGGAUGGAUGAAAUCCAUCAACCCCGAGAUUGACGGCGUUACCGGAAAAGAAUCCAACCUUUUGUCGGCCAGUAACCACGAGUCGACACGCCUGUUCCACACCAACAAGGCCGGGUUCAUCCAACCCGACCCUGGUCACUCUUUUGAAGCCACUUAUGAACAAAUCUUUGGUGUAGAAUGGUCCGAGUCGGCUCGUGGUCUAACCCCCACAAUGGAUGGUUUCGCCCAACAAGCCGAAAAGGUCCAAGAAGGCUUGUCCGAGGUGGUCAUGAGCGGGUUCGAUCCGGAUUCUUUACCCGUUUACAAAGAGUUGAUCUCGGAGUUUGCUGUUUGUGAUAGGUGGUUUUCUUCUAUUCCCACUUUGACCCAACCCAACAGAUUGUAUGUUCACUCUGCGACUUCAUAUGGUGCAACAACGAAUGAUAACAAGAUGAUGAUAGAAGGGUACCCUCAGAAGACUAUAUUUGAGUCGGUGGAAGAUAAUGGUUUUUCUUUCGGAAUUUACUAUCAGUUACCUCCGUCAACUCUUUUCUACAGAAACCUACGAAAACUGAAGUACAUAGACAACUUCCACCAAUUCGAUCUACACUUCAAACGACAUUGCAAGGAAGGGAAACUACCAAACUACGUUGUUGUCGAACAAAGAUAUUUUGGGAUCAAAGCUAUACCGGGAAACGAUGAUCACCCUUCGCAUGAUGUGUCUGAUGGUCAAAUGUUUGUGAAAGAAGUUUAUGAAGCAUUAAGAUCAAGCCCACAAUGGAAUGAAAUAUUGUUUGUAGUUGUGUAUGAUGAGCAUGGUGGUUUUUAUGAUCAUGUCCCGACACCUCAUGUCGGUGUUCCGAAUCCGGAUGGUCUUGUUGGUCCUCCGCCUUAUAAUUUUCAGUUUGAUCGACUCGGUGUUAGGGUUCCGGCUAUCCUUGUUUCACCAUGGAUCGAACGUGGGACCGUGUUGCAUAAGCCAACGGGGCCAUACCCUACAUCAGAGUUUGAACACUCAUCCAUUCCUGCAACUGUUAAGAAGAUUUUUGGACUAAAAUCACAUUUAACAAAACGAGACGAGUGGGCCGGCACAUUCGAAGGUGUCGCAAGCAGAACUACACCAAGAACUGAUUGUCCAGUUACUUUGCCAGACCCCAAGAAAAUGAGAGAGACUGAUCCAGAUGAGAAUGAAAAACUGAGUGAGUUUCAACAAGAGUUGGUUCAACUAGGUGCGGUCUUGAACGGAGACUAUAAACAGGACACAUUCCCUAACAAACUAGUCGAGAAUAUGACUGUAACCGAAGGUGCGAAAUACUUGGAAGACGCGUACAAGAAGUUCUGUGAUGAUUGUGAACAAGCCAAGAGGGAUGGCAAAGAUGGGUCUUACAUAGUUUGUUUAGAGGAACCAACUACAGCUGAAACUCCAAACAAAGUGUCAAAAUCAUUUUCACAAAAAUGCUUUUCUUGUUUACUUUGUGAAAAUUAAUGCUAUGUUUGGCUUUGCUUUUUAUUUUUUUGAGUGUAUUUUGAAUCAUGUAUCAUAAACAUUUAUUUAUUUUGCUUGUCAAUAAAUAAAACCAUAUGAUUUGUGUGUUGUUA